GAAGGGGUUAGAGACGGAACGGAAUGUUUCCGUCUCUAACCACCGUAAUAUAUUUACCCCAACCUCUUUUUCCCUCUGGUUUACCUUCGUCACAGCUUACAGCUACUCCCUAUCUCUCUGACCGUCCCCUUAUCAUCGUUCCCCGUUGCCGCCCGGUUGCACGGUGCUCGGUGCCGCCGUCGAUUCGCAAACACGAAUCGACGUUUCCGUGCAACUCGAAUCGAUUCACAACUCCGAUUGCUUGGUGCCGCCGUUUCCGUGCAACACGAAUCGUCGCUACCCCGUGCCGCCGUCGAUUCACAAACACAAACUCCGUUCCUCUUAAUCUAGUUACGAGGUUGAGUUUGUUAUUUGAAUUUCAAGAUGCCGGCGACAGCAGGUAGGGUUCGUAUGCCUGCAAACAAUAGGGUGCACAGUAGUGCAGCCCUCCAGACCCACGGUAUAUGGCAGAGUGCCAUUGGGUAUGAUCCUUAUGCCCCCAAUAAGGAAGAAAACAAGAACGCCCAGCAGAAGUCUUCAAACUCAGGACCAGAAGCUGAGAAUGCCUAUGCCAGUUUCCAGGGAUUGCUUGCACUGGCCCGCAUAACUGGUUCCAAUGCCGAUGAGGCUCGUGGGUCCUGCAAAAAAUGUGGCCGGGUUGGGCAUCUCACCUUUCAGUGCCGGAACUUUUUGAGUGUUAAGGAUGACCUCAAGGAGAAAGACCCAGAUACAAUUGAGGCUGCAGUUCUGUCUGGGUUGGAUAAGCUAAAGGGAAAUAGGGUUAAGGCAAAAGGUGGCAAAAAUGCACCUGAGAGCUCAGAAGAGAGUUCUGAGGAGGAGGAGAGUGAAAGUUCAGAUUCUGACUAUGAUUCAGAAAUUGAGAGGGCUGUUGCUGAGAAAUAUGGAAAGAAGAUGAGUAAAUUGCAGUCAUCAAGAAAGAAGAAAGAGGAUUCUGAUGAUGAUAACAUGGUUUCUGGGCAUAAGAAAAGGGGUAGGUCAAAGAAGAGAAGUGAGAAGAAGGCACAUACUGAUACUAACAGUGAGGAUGAGGGUGGGAGUAAAAGAAGAAAGGAAAGGAGGCGGAGGAGAGAUGAAUCAUCAGAUGAGGAUGUUGAUUCCACUCGACAUCGAAGGAGGAAAACUAAGAAGGAGAAGAGGAAGAGAAGGAGCCAUUGGCGUUCUGAUGAUUCAGUUUCAGAAGACUUCGAGCAUUCUUCCAGACGACACAAGCGGAAGAGUAGGAGGGAAACUUCGCCAUCUGAUUCUGAUGUUAGCAGCUCAGAGGAUUCCCGUGUUGGGAGAGACAAAAAGAGGUCUGGGAAGAAGAUUAGGAGGCACCACCGUGAAGAAGAGGACUAGUUUUCUAUGGAUGGGCAUUGGAAGUGGAACCUUUGGCUGUGACUGAAUUAUCAACAGAAGGCGGACUGAAUUUGUGUAUGUUAUUUAUACGAAGGAUAGAUCGGACCGCCCAAGGCCCUGCUGGAAAACAUAUUUAUUUUCUGUUUCUUGAAGUAUAUUAUGUUUUCUGUGUUCCCUGUUACCUUCACCUGUGCUGUAAACAAAUUCAACCUUUUCCAUUCCGCAUGUCGUACUCAUCUCUGUUCUGUUUAUGAAUUUCUCCAGAUGCAUAAACCAAAGUAAUAUGUAAAUGCAGUCUCCUUGAUGUCAAAAUUUAAUGUUCGUUUUCAUA